AUGUCAGCGGCAUCUCAACUCAAUAUAUCUUUAUUGCUAGUUCAACAAGUAUUGACACGUUACGAUUAUCCACUGAUAUUUCUAUUGGGCGACUUUGGUAAUAUACUCAACAUUUUUCUUUUUCUGCGAAGAAGGUUGCGAAAUACUUCGUGCAAUAUUUAUUUUCUCGCGUCGGCUUUUACAAACUUAGUCGCACUCAAUGUUGGUAUCAUUUCAUUGCUCUAUGUGUAUGAACAACCCUCAGCUGUGACUCUAACGUAUUGUAAAACUCGAAACUAUGUCCUGAAUAUCUCUCAGCAGGCGUCGCGAUUUCUUAUCGUGCUUGCAUGUUUCGAUCGCUUUGCAUUAUGCUCAACUAGUGCUGGUCUUCGAAAGGUUUGCCAAGUACACAUUGCUCUUCGCUACAUUAUUCCGUCUAUUAUUGUCAUCUGGAUGAUUAUUCCAUUGCACAUACCGAUUUCUUACAGCAUUUCGAAAAAUACCUGUAUAUUUCCAGGAAUGAUGGUACUCUACAACGGGAUCUAUGGUAUAACCAUGGCUGGUUUAUUACCGCCUGGACUUAUGCUAACAUUUUCUUUGCUUAUAUAUCGUAAUCUGAAACUGAAACAAAUACGUCGACGACAACAGAUCUAUCCAUUAGUGAACAAUGCUAGUGUCAAUCCGAGAAUCCGACGACAACAGAUAAAAGAUCAACAAGCUCUGGCUAUGUUAUUAAUACAAGUAGUUAUUUAUGUCAGCUCCACGACUCUAUAUACAACUAAUUUGAUGUAUACGGUUUUGACAAUGAAUGACGCAGCGAACAAAUCGAGCGAACGGAAAGCGAUCGAAACGUUUGCAUCGUUCAUUGCUGGUAUCCUUGUCUUCGUUUGUCCAUGUUUAUCAUUCUAUUCGUUUACAUUAGCGUCCCGUCUAUUUCGAAAGGAAUUGCGAUUGAUGAUGUGUCAUCUUUGCAAUGGACGAUGGCACUGGUCAUGUUUAACACGCAGCAACAGAAAUGAUACUACAAGCAAUGCCGUAGCAGCUCCCAACGCCAUAACUCAACCGAGAAUGACAUAG